AUGCCUCGCGAGAUCUGUACGUUCGAUAGACCAGGACGUCGUACUGGUGCCAGCGGAAGCGCUGAUCUGCUGCUGUAUGGCCCCUGCUCCUGCUCGUGAUUGUGUCCACACAGUGACGGUCUCGGCUGGUCAAGCCGGAAAUCAAAGUACGUUCCCGAACCCAAACUCUUCUCACCCAGCACCACAACCACCUACUAACACCUCCCCACCGAUACCAAUCCAACUCCCCGUCCGCUCCUCAUCAGUCGGUUCCGAAUUCUGGUCCCAACUCUGUGCCGAACACGGCAUCUCGAAAGAAGGCGUUCUGGAAGACUGGGCCACGGACAUGACCGAUCGAAAGGACGUCUUCUUCUACCAAGCCGACGAUGAACAUUACAUCCCCAGGGCCGUGAUGAUCGAUUUGGAACCGAGGGUAAGUUGGGGUUUUUAUCAGGGGAGAUGGGCCAAGGAAGGUUGCGGUUCAUACCCGUCGAGAUACCUAUGUCCGUUUCUGUUCUCUCUCUUUCGUUUAUGGUUCAUUUCAGGUGCUGGAUACGAUCAAGUCGGGCCCUUAUAAGAAUUUGUACAACCCCGAGAACUUUUUCUACGAUCCUCAAGGUGGUGGAGCUGGGAAUAACGUGCGUCGAGUGGGGCUGCCCCCCAAGAGGGUUCGAUCGAUAACGAGAACUGACUCCUCUACGCGUGGGGCUGUUCGGCACAGUGGGCGAAAGGUUACGCCGCUGGGGAGAGGGUGUACGAAGAAGUGAUGGAGAUGAUCGAUCGCGAGGCCGAAGGGAGUGAUAGUCUCGAGGUGAGCGAGAGCAUCUCUAAACGCUGAAGCGAUCUUGCAGAGAUGAACCAAGCCCAGCGGCAAACCCUUCGUCUGCUUUCUUCAUCCCACACAGGGUUUCAUGCUCCUCCAUUCCAUCGCAGGAGGAACAGGUUCCGGACUCGGUUCCUACCUCUUGGAAAGGAUGAACGACCGCUACCCCAAAAAAUUGAUCCAAACCUACUCCGUAUUCCCCGACGCCGAUUCAGGAGACGUCGUCGUCCAACCGUACAAUUCGUUGUUAUCGAUGAAGAGGUUGACGAACCAUGCCGAUUCGGUGAUCGUAUUGGACAAUGCGGCAUUGAGUAAGAUUUGUCAAGAUCGGUUGCACGUCCAGGUCGCGUCGUUCGCGCAGACGAAUCAGUUGGUCAGUCAGCGGUACUUUGAGAAGGCCGAUGUGACGAGGAGAUGAAGAAAGAAAGCUAAAGCAUGUCGAUACGUAUCCUCUCCCUCUUUUAGGUCUCUACGGUCAUGUCAGCUUCGACGCAGACGCUGCGUUACCCGGGCUACAUGAACAACGACCUCGUGGGCAUGAUCGCUUCCCUCAUCCCGACCCCUCGGUGUCACUUCCUCACGACUUCUUACACCCCCUUUACCUCGGACAAGAUUGAACAAGUACGUCCAGUCCACUCACCAUUCAGAUCAUCUCUAAUGCUGACCGCAUCCUCGUCUUCCUCACAUCGCAGGCCAAAGCAGUCCGUAAAACGACCGUCCUCGACGUGAUGCGCCGUCUGCUCCAACCGAAGAACCGUCUCGUCUCGAUGCCGACCACCCCCUCACGCCACGCCUGCUACAUCUCAAUCCUCAACAUCAUCCAAGGCGAAGUAGACCCUACGGACGUUCAUAAAUCCCUCCUCCGGAUUCGAGAACGUAAUUCGGCGACGUUCAUCCCUUGGGGUCCGGCGAGUAUUCAGGUCGCUUUGACCAAACAGAGUCCUUACGUCCAGACGACGCAUAAGGUUUCCGGAUUGAUGUUGGCCAAUCAUACCAAUAUCGCUUCCGUAAGUCCACGCUCUACAUGUAAAACAUCUUCAUCUUGCUCUCUAAAGAAUACGUGUUCUUGCCUUCGCACAGAUCUUCAAACGCACGGUCGCGCAAUACGACCAAUUGCGUAAACGCAACGCCUUUAUGCCGCAGUACCAAAAAGAAGCCAUGUUCGAAAAGAACCUGGAUGAAUUCGACGAGGCGCGUGCAACGGUGCAAGAUCUGAUCGAGGAGUACCAGGCGUGCGAGAAGGCCGAUUAUAUUGAUUAUGGAGCUGGGCCCGGGUACGUCAAGGGAGAGGAUGGGAGGGAGAAAGGGAGAGAGGCGGUGGAGGGGUAG